CGCGCCGCCCGCGGCGAGGAAGCGACCGAGGGUGAGCAGCUAUGAACAAGCUCUUCCAGCAGAUGAACAAGAUCGAGGCCGAGAUAACGGCCGGCAUCAAGGACGGCAUCAAGGACGCGGCGGCCGUCGAUUCCGACGCGGCGGCCGCGGCGGACAGCCGUCGAUCCUCCACUGCAGCCGCCACCUCCUCUGCGGCUCCUGCGGAUGCCACGGCGGCCCCAGGCGAGUCACAGGAGGCGACGACGAUCGAGCGGCUGCGUGCGCAGGUCCGCCGACUCGAGACGCGGCUGCAGGAGAAGACCGAGUUGGUCGCCGAGAAGGACGCGCAGAUUGCGGCCGUCCUCGCCGAGGGGGAGGGGCUGAGCCGGCGGCAGGCCGAGCAGGAGUCGACCAUCCGCAAGCUGCGCGGCACCCUCCGCGAGGCGCAGGAGGCGGCGGAGGAGCACGCCGCCGCACUGACCGAGGCGCGCUCCGAAACCUCGGAGCUGCGGAGGCAGCUGCUCGAAGGCGCCGCCGCGGGUGCCGCCGCCGCCGCGGCGGCAGGCGCGGAGGGGGCAGCGGUGCCGGCGAGCGGGUUCGCUGCGGCGGAGGCGGCGGAGGCGCGCGAGGCGGCGCUCACCGCCAGCCUCGCCGAGCUGCAGCUGGAGAAUGCCAAGCUGAGCCAGGCGGCGAGGUGGAGGGACGAGGGCCUCACCUCACAGCUGGGCGAGCUCGAGGCGCGGUCCGGCUCUGCCGAGGCGCAAGCCCGCGAGCUCGCCGCCGCGGUCGCAAAGGAGACGCAGCCGCUGCUGCGGCAGGUGAGCGGUCUGCAGGCGCAGCUCGCCCAGCUGCAGGCCGCGUGGAAGGCGAGCGACAUCGCCCCACAUCUCCCCAUAUCUCCCCACAUCUCCCCAUAUCUCCCCACAUCUCCCCAUAUCUCCGCGUGGAAGGCGAGCGACGCGGCGCUGCGAUCCCAGCUCGCGGCCCCUAGAAGCGGAAGACGGAUUCUUGUGCUCCACCCAGCGAUCGAGAGGACACGGACUCAACUGUGCUCGAUCGUACUCGGCUGGGUUUUCACUGUAGUCGCACCCCUCGGUAUUCACGCGGUGCUCUGAAGACACUGCACGAUCCCGUACUCCCGCCCUGAGGUUGGCGUAUUCAGCACGCAGGCUCUCGGCGGCCG